AUCAUGACAACAGAUAAAGACGCCAUUAGGCCCCUGCUCACGCCUCCGGGCUCCUCAGGCGGGUCAACAUUUGAACAAGUUGACAAGCCCCGUGCGCUUCGAACCUCUGUCAUCAUCGCUUACUACGCAUUGUGCUCAAGCUUAAUGCUUGUGGUGAAUAAGGUUGUUAUUCAUAAUAUCCCGGCGCCAUCGACAGUUCUGGCGCUUCAGCUGGGCGCUUCCGCUGGUCUUGUCUACUCCGCGGGCAUUCUAGGAUUUAUCCAAGUGGAUCGGCUGGAAUGGAGCAAAGUGAAGGCAUUCAGCCUGGUCGUUGCGGGGUUCCUGGGCACGCUGUUUGCCAACAUGAAGGUGCUGCAGUACGCCAAUGUGGAGACCUUCAUCACCUUCCGCUCCUCUACUCCCCUGCUGCUGUCGCUGUGUGACUACGUGUGGCUGGGCCGCGCGCUGCCCUCCGCGCGCUCCUGGGGCUGCCUGGUGGUGCUGCUGGGCGGCGCGGUGGGCUACGUGCUGGUGGACGCCGACUUCAGGCUGUCCGCCUACACCUGGCUGGCGCUGUGGUACGCCUUCUUCACGUUCGACACGGUGUACGCCAAACACGUGGUGGACACCGUGCGGAUGACCAACUGGGGCCGCGUGUUCUACGGCAACUUCAUGGCUCUGCCGCCGCUGCUGCUGCUGCUGCCGGCGCUGGGCGAGCACCGCACCCUGGCGGCCCUGGCCUGGGCGCCGCACCAGGUGGCGGUGCUGGCGCUGAGCUGCCUGAUGGGGCUGGGCAUGAGCCACGCCUCCUACCUGCUGCGGGAGGCCGUGUCCGCCACCUUCUUCACCAUCAUCGGCAUCCUGUGCAAGGUGCUGACGGUGGUGAUCAACGUGUUCAUCUGGGACAAGCACGCCUCGCCGGAGGGCAUCGCCUGCCUCAUGGUCUGUGUGCUGGCCGGCACCUUCUACCAGCAGGCGCCCAAGCGGCCGGUGCUGGACUCGGUCUCGGAAGUAAACUGCAGCGGCAAGCCCGGCGGCGGCAGCAGCGGCGGCGGCGGGGGAGGCGGGUCAGGAGGAGGCAGCGGGGGCGGCGGGGACGCCAGGGCGGCCGCCAUGACUGCAUGACUGGCAGGGACCGUGGCCGUGGCGGGGCGGCAAGCGUGAGGUAGGGGUGUGGAGGCCUACAGUAGCGCGUGGACAGUGAAUGCGUUUGCGGUGUGGUGGUACUGGCAGUGUCACGGUGUAGCACAGACGUGAGGCCCUGCGACAUGGGGCUCAGUAGGUAGGACAGCAGUGGCUGGUGUGCGAGUGUUUUGCUCGACGUGUCUGGUGUGUUCAACCUGUGUGUUCACGUGUUAGCGAAAUGCGUAUGUCUAACGGCGACAGCACUUGCUGCUGGUGACCCGGACAUCGCAAGCCACGCCUUGCAUUUUGCAAUAACGUGCCGGUCGGCACCUUGGUGACUUGUAGCGUUUGCAUGGUUGGUUGCUGAUGCGCGGCUCGCAAAGAGUGCCACCUGUUUGACCUGUCCAACAUCAAGUGUAGAGACAUAGGCGUGGUGCCGUAUGGGAGUAAUAGGACCGACGGUACAGGGGUUGUACUCAGUAGGGUGCCUGGUAAUGACAUCGCCGUCGUGGUGUGGGGGGCAGUGCGGUGGGGCUGCCCAGGUGGUGCGCAGCGGCGGUUCCGGUGGCUGGCUGCGACCUGAGAGUGUCGUGGACGAGCAGGCACGACUAGCCGGGCGUGUAGAACAGUCCCCAUGCCUGGUGGCCAUUCUGUGAGUAAGGCUUGAAGCUGUGCGUUGGGUCUGUUUCGUUUUGUGGGUGCAAGAUGCGUUGUCGCGCUCCUCAGCCAGGGUGAUGG